AUGGAGAAUUUUUUUAGAAAAAGACCAAGAAUUUUGGAUUCUUGUCUAGAACUAGAAGCACAGAAUGCUGAAGAAAAUUUGAUGGAGAAUGAUGAUAUAAAUGGAAGUGAAAUCAAGGCUGAUCCUGGUUUGCGAAAACCAAUUGCAGAAUAUGGUGUGAAUAUCCGGGAUCGUAUUCGUAGAGAAUAUGUAGCAAAAGGCCCUUGUCAACCAAAGGGUAAUAUUUUUCAAAAAACGCAUCAAGGAAAAGAUAAUAGGAGUUUUAGAGAUGCUUGGUACAAAGAUUAUGAUUGGCUAGAAUAUAGUGAAGCGAAACAUGCCGCAUAUUGCUUUUACUGUUUUCUUUUCAAGCGUGGUUAUGUGGCACCGGGAGAUGAAGCCUUCACUAGUUGUGGUUUUUCUAAUUGGAAAAAAGCACUAGAAAAAUUCAAGGCGCAUGUUGGGGAUAAAAGUAGUGCACACAAAAAAGCAAGGAUAGAAUAUGAAAAUUUUGUCAAUCAAAGGCAAAGUGUGACUUAUGUUGUAAGUAGAGGUUUUCCUUUUAGGGGACAUGACAAGUCAUCUACGUCUUUGAACAAAGGUAAUUUUCUUGAGUUAUUAGAAUGGUAUGGUUUGAGGAAUGAUGAAGUUGGUAAAUUGAUUUUGAAAAAUGCCCCUGAAAAUAACCAAAUAACUUCUCCAUCAGUCCAAAAAGAUAUGGCUAAUGCUUGUGCGGUGGAAACCACACUUGAUAUAUUGGGAGAACUUGGAGACAAACACUUUUCAAUCCUAGUUGAUGAGUCACUUUGUUUGAAAGAGGCAAUUGACUCCGUAUUUGCUAAGUUUAAGUUAUUUUUGUCAAGAUUGAGAGGCCAAGGAUACGAUGGAGCAUCAAACAUGCGAGGUGAAUGCAAUGGAUUGAAAGCACUAAUUUUAAAGGAAAAUCCAUCAGCUUGUUAUCUUAUCUCGAUUGUCACAACAUGUGGUUCUUCUUGCAAAAUGGCUGAUAUGAUUCGACAAAUUGAGCACGAUAGACUAGUUGAAAUGAUAGAGAAUGGGGAAAUCGGUACUGGUAGAGGCCAAAAUCAAGAAACUUCUUUGAAGAGACCAGGUGAUACUCGAUGGGGAUCUCAUUAUGCCACCGUGAUUCGUCUUGCAAAUAUGUGGCAGUCAGUAACCGAAGUACUUGAAAACGUACUUGUUGAUGGAGAAGAAUAUGAAACAAGGGGCAAAGCUGUAGGUCUCGUACAGAAAAUGGAGACUUUUGAAUUUGUAUUCAUCCUUAUGUUGAUGAAACAUUUGUUGGGGGUUAUUCAACCAUUGUCUUGUGCCUUGCAACAAAGAGAUCAAGAUAUUUUUAAAUGCGAUUUUCUUGAUAGAGAAUGUGAAAAAAAACUUGAGAUCAUUUCAAGAAUUUGGAUGGGAUACUUUCUUGCAAGAAGUAAAUGA